AACGCAAAAAAUCAGGAAAAUAAGUUACCCACGCACGUCUCCUCCUCGAAUGAUCCCAUCCAAGUGCCAACCACCCACGACUCCCACAACCCGUGCAUCCCAGAGUUCCCCGUCGAAGAGAAGAGCAGUGAACCCAAGGGCCAUGGCGGGGAUUUUGGCGCGCCUCAGGGGACAGCCGCCGACUGACGGCGCUAGGGUUUGCCGCCGCCCCUUCCCAUUGUCUUCCGGCUCCAUCGCCACAGAGAGAGGAUGGCGCUGCUCCUCAACCUCGCGCGGCGGCGCGCGUGCCCCAUCCUUGGGCUUGCUCCUCAGUAUCCGCACCAUUGGCGCCCUCUCCUGCCGCUGCAACACCGGCGAGCUCCCAGGCAUCGACAACGCCCUACCCUACGUGGUGCAGCGCCAUCUCCGGCAAGAGGGCUGCCGCCCUACCCUCCCAUGUUCAUCCGCGCCGCCACUUAUUCGGGGAGGGUCGCCCUCUCGAUUCGCCACGCCUCCUUCCACCACGCAACUUCUCCUGCGGAGAAGCUUUGUUCGCUGCCCUCUAUGCGAGCCCAUGGCGUACUAUUCUGGAGGUGGGGGAUUCCUCUGUGUUGCCCACUGCCAUGUCACCCAUUCAUUCAGUGUAGCGACGUUGUUUUACAUGGAUGGACAAACCAAGGGCAUGGUGAUGCUCACGAAUCUGAGGGGUACAGGUGAGUCUGAACCAGCACACGAGGUUGUCCCAGCCAGUGUGAGAUGCAACCUUAGUUUCAGAGUAGCAUGAAGCAUGAUACGUGAUUACUUGCUAUUUUCCUGGUACAUAACAUUUGGAAAAAAAGCUCAUGUUUCAGAUAAAUAAUAAUGAUUUCUAUUCAUUCAACAAUUUUGGUGUAGAAUCUGUUCUUGUCAUAUUAAGCAUAUAAAUCAUAGGAGUUGCUUUAGAUUAUUAGAAUCAUCUUUAGCUGACCAAGUGUGCAGAUAAUAACACUUCUUUGCAUUGGAAUCUCUCAUCUAAAUUAAUCUAAAU